CGCUGCAACACACGCGCUGGAGCAAUAGCCGUGCUUUCGAGUUUCGGUCCCCCCGUUCUGGUCUGGUCCCGGGAUCUUGCUCUCGAGCUGCCCGCCCACUUCUGUGCAUCCUCAAUUGUCGCGAAGUGCUCCGUCAGGCGGACCCAAUGCAUCUCGCACGGCUGCAGCGGCCCCUUCAGAGGGCUGCUGCUAGCAGUGCCCUCCCGUUCAGCGCCGUUCUGCGGCCGACGACGACGACAACAGCCCUCGAGGAGCGUUUCGGCCACCUUCGAAUCUCGUCGCUGAAUAGCGCCAAUGCCGCGGUAGAGGGCAGGCGUUACGCCACAGUCAAGUCGCAAGGCGCCUACAAGCUCAAGUCGAAGAAGACGAUACCCAAGAAGAUGGGAGCGAAGAAGACUGGCGACCAGUAUGUCGUUACUGGAAACAUUAUCUACAAGCAGCGCGGCACGAUAUGGCAUCCGGGCGAGAACACCAUCAUGGGCCGCGACCACACGAUCCAUGCCGCCGUCUGUGGCUACGUCAAGUACUACCGAGACCCGCAACGUCACCCCACACGGCAAUACAUUGGUGUUGCGUUCAACCGGGAGGACAAGUUGCCGUAUCCUCCAACAUCGCCCCGCAGACGCAAGCUCGGCCUCGUGGCGGUGCCUCGGAAGGUCGAACGGCCGGCCGAGGAGACCACAUCGCCGAGCGGCAUCCCGCUCUCGGUAACGCGGCACGAGACGGUUGCGCAGGACGAGAAGGAGGCUCCUAAACCAGCGACCGAGGAACAACCUGUCGCCAACCUACCGGAGCCGGUCUCCCUGACCGAUGGCAACGCGGUCGUCGCCAACUUGAUCAGGGAGAAGCUUCAGAGCCGGCAGAUUGCUCAGGCCAAGGCGGAGGCGAAGAAGCUCGAGCAGCUGAAGGAGCUCGAGGCACGCAAGGGCACCCGCGUCUUCCACCUGCAGAGCGACUACAGCUACCGCGAGAGCAACUGGGAGAUUGGCCGUCUCGUCGGCGACGCCGGCGUUGUUCCCGGCACCGACCAGCCCGAGUCGAGGAAGGCCAAGUUCCGCCUGCGCAGGAGGAAGCGCGUGGUUCACUUCAAGGGUAUCAAGAAGCGCAAGAUGGCCAAGGCCGCCCGGCGCCGGGAAUACAGGAAGAUGGUGCGCGAGAAGAGGGCGGCGAGGAUGGCUCAGAGGGCAGAGGCUGCUGCAGCCGUGAAGGCUUCUCUGGGCAAGGCUGCUUCCGCGGCUGCAAAUGCAGCCGCGGACAAGGGCGAGGUUAAGGCCUGAUCGCCUAGCGCCCCUGGGCUGUGUGCUAUUUGGAGGAUGAAGGCUGAGUCCAAGCUUGCAUCCGGACAAGGGAGUUGUGGCCGGAGAUAUACUGUACAAUAUUCUGUCACAAAUAGAUUAUGUUGUAACAAACACCCCGGCGGUCUCAGAGCUUGGUUUGGUAUUGGUUUACAAUGAAAUUCAGCGCUGCAAUGCAGCGAUUCGCUUUUUGUCCGGGUUAG